UAUCAGCUAAAUGAAGCUUAAAAUGAAUUAAAUAGAUAGCCAAAUGCUUAAUGUGGAAAAAUCUAAACAAAUACUAAUCGAAAAUUUUAUUUUUUCGUACAAUUCUUGCAUUUUUUUUGAUAGGUUUAUUAUAAAAUAUAUAUAUUUUUUUCAUAUCUGAUGUCAAAUGAUUGAAUUGGAAAAUUACAAGUUGAAAGAGUUACCAAAUUCUGUUUAUUAUAUACCAAAUUUCAUAACUUCUGAAGAAGAAGAUGAGCUCCUGAAAAAAGUUUAUAGUUCACCCAAACCCAAAUGGAAAGCCUUAUCUAACAGAAGAUUACAAAAUUGGGGUGGCCUUCCUCAUCCUAAAGGCAUGAUUCAAGAAAACCUGCCACAGUGGCUAACAGAUUGUAUUAAAAAAGUGCAGAACUUGAAGAUUUUCCAGUCAUGUGAACCAAAUCAUGUUUUAGUUAAUGAGUAUCUUGCUGGGCAAGGCAUUAUGCCUCAUGAAGAUGGACCACUUUUUUAUCCUACAAUAGCAACCAUAAAUCUUGGCUCUCACACAGUGCUAGAUUAUUAUGAAAAACUGAGUGAUUCUUCUGAUAUUAACUCUAGUAUGGAAAAUAAAUAUGUUGGCUCUUUGUUAUUGGAAAGAUGUAGUCUUCUUAUUGUUCAAGAUGACUUGUAUUCUAAGUACUUACAUGGAAUUUGUGAAAGAAUGGCUGAUACUAUUGACAAAAAGAUUAAGAAUAUUCAUUUGUGUAAAGUUCAAAAUGGAAGUGAAGUAAUCAGAAGUACUCGAAUUUCAUUAACUAUUAGACAUGUGCCUUUUACUCGUAAAGCCAAAUUCUUAUUUGGAAUAAGGUGAUGCAACAGUUAAUUUAUUUUAAAUAUUUUUUAUUUAUAAAUGCUUCAUAAAAUAAAUUUAUUCUGUAAUUGUUACACAAUACAAAUAUUUUUGAGCGCAAUUCAACAUUCUUUUUAUUAAAGUUUACAAUUAUUUGCUAUUAUUGAUUAAGUACUAAACAAAUAUUUUAUUACCACUACGUUUGAAUUAUUUCCAGAAUUAGCAUUCAGUUAUUUUAGUCACAAAAAUUCUAUUUGUUGUAAUUAAAGAUUCUAGCUACUUCCUUUUUCUUAAAAAAGAAAAAUGUUUUUUUUCAACAAAGUUGAAAUAAAAUUCUUCUCUUGUUAAAAGUAUUUCAUUGAAGCAACUAAUAUUUUACAAGUUAUUUAUUAUUGAGAACUUAUUUUAUUUCCAUAAAUAAUCCUCAUAGUACUCCCAUAAAUACUUCUAUGUACAUUGUAUUCCCCAUUGAAAGAAAGGCUACAUGUCAUGUAAAAAUUUAUAUUUAAAAUGAAAAUUUUUACUAUGUUUGUUGAUUGAAUAAAUGAUGAAAAUUUUUA